UCCUCCUCCCCUCCCCGGUCUCCGAUGGAAAGAGUUGGAGCCGCGCUGAUAGGAGCCGCCGGGAGGAGACGGCGGAGCGCGGGGCAGGACUUGGGUCCCAACUCCGGCCGCGACGCGGGGCCGCUCCCCGCAGCCCUUCGAAUGGCCCGGGGCGGCGCUCGCUGAGCCCCCCUUCUCGCCGAGCCGAGCCGAGCCCCGCUCCUGCGGCAGCCGGAGCGCGAUGCGCCGGUGAGCCCCGCAUCGGGACCCCGCACCGGGACCCGCACCGAGACCCCGCGCACACCCCAUAAAUCAUCACAAACAACCUUAAGAGAGAAAUAGAAGGAAGAAGGCCAAAGAGGCUAUGCCAGAGAAGGAAGUGUGCAGUCCAAGGGGUUCAGAGAAGACUGCAGUGGGACUGUCUCUGAGAGGGAGGAUUUACAUCACUAAUUCUUGACGGGUUUACCUUCUGGAACUCCGACCUUGGACUGUUGUCUUGAAUUUGGCCUCUGGGCUGGUUACUAAGGAUUUUACCUGGAGCAUGAUUUCGAAUAUGACACUUCAGUAAUGCAGAGGCUGUAUCCUCCCUGGGCCUACCUUGGAAGCUAGAUCCGCAGCUGCCGUUCAGUCAUGGUUGUUUCAAGAUUAAAGGCCAUUUCCCUGUCAUUGCCAAGCCUUUUUCUUCUUGCUUUUCAUCUCUCAGCAACACAGAAUGUACCUGAAUACUCUGAAGCUGAACAUCAGCAAUGUGUCAGGAAAGAACACCCCACAAUUGCUUUUGAAGAUCUGAAGCCGUGGGUGUCGAAUUUCACCUAUCCAGGUGUGCAUGACUUUUCUCAGCUUGCACUGGAUGCCAACAGGAACCAGCUCAUUGUGGGAGCAAGGAACUACCUCUUCAGACUUAGUCUGCACAAUGUUUCUCUUAUUCAGGCAACAUCCUGGGGUUCAGAUGAAGACACCAGGAGGUCCUGUCAAAGUAAAGGGAAAACAGAGGAAGAGUGCCAGAACUAUGUCCGAGUGCUGAUUGUUUAUGGCAAGAAGGUUUUUACCUGUGGUACCAAUGCCUUUUCGCCAGUGUGUUCCAGUCGACAGGUAGGAAAUCUUAGCAAAAUCAUUGACAGAAUUAACGGAGUGGCUCGAUGCCCACACGACCCUCGGCAUAACUCAACAGCUGUGAUUACAUCACGAGGAGAACUCUAUGCUGCGACUGUAAUUGAUUUCUCUGGACGGGAUCCUGCUAUUUACCGCAGCCUUGGAAAUGUUCCCCCACUUAGGACAGCACAAUACAACUCCAAAUGGCUCAAUGAGCCUAACUUUAUUGCUGCCUACGACAUUGGUUUGUUCACUUACUUCUUCUUCCGUGAGAAUGCAGUAGAACAUGACUGUGGGAAAACAGUGUAUUCUCGUGUGGCAAGGGUUUGCAAAAAUGAUAUCGGAGGGAGAUUUUUGCUGGAGGACACAUGGACAACUUUCAUGAAGGCCAGACUGAACUGCUCCCGUGCUGGAGAAAUCCCUUUCUAUUAUAAUGAAUUGCAAAGCACCUUCUACCUUCCCGAGCAAGAUCUGAUCUAUGGUGUCUUCACUACUAAUGUAAACAGCAUAGCUGCCUCCGCAGUGUGUGCCUUCAAUCUGAGUGCCAUUACUCAGGCAUUUAAUGGCCCUUUCCGUUACCAAGAAAACCCAAGAUCAGCAUGGCUGCCAACGUUAAACCCCAUCCCUAACUUCCAGUGUGGGACACUGAAUGAUGACAGCCCUAACGAGAACCUGACGGAGAGAGUCCUGCAGGAUGCGCAGCGCUUGUUCCUGAUGAACGAUGUCGUGCAGCCCGUGACUGUAGAUCCAUACGUGACUCAGGACAGCAUUCGAUUUUCCAAACUGGUGGUCGAUAUUGUUCAGGGGAAGGAUACUCUCUACCAUGUGAUGUAUAUUGGGACAGAGUAUGGCACCAUCUUGAAGGCCCUUUCUACCACUAACAGGAGCCUGAGGAGUUGUUAUUUAGAGGAAAUGCAGAUCCUCCCUGAUGGACAACAGGAAGCAAUCAAGAGUCUCCAAAUUCUGCACAGCGACAGGUCGCUCUUUGUGGGCUUAAAUAAUGGAGUGCUAAAAAUUCCUCUGGAGAGAUGCUCCAUGUACAGAACCGAAGGGGAAUGCCUAGGAGCCAGAGAUCCCUAUUGCGGCUGGGAUAACAAGCAGAAGCGAUGCACCACCAUUGAGGACAGCUCCAACAUGAGCCUGUGGACUCAAAAUAUUACCGAGUGCCCAGUGAAAAACCUGACAACGAAUGGAAGGCUGGGGCCUUGGUCCCCAUGGCAACUGUGUGAGCAUUCAGAUGGGGACAGCACAGGCUCCUGUAUGUGUAGGUCACGUUCAUGUGACAGCCCUCGUCCUCGCUGUGGAGGUCGCGGCUGUGAAGGGGCCAGGAUCGAGGUCGCAAAUUGUUCAAGAAAUGGCGCUUGGACACCCUGGUCUUCCUGGGCUCCAUGUAGCACUUCCUGUGGGAUUGGCUUUCAGGUCCGCCAGCGAUCCUGCAGCAACCCUGCUCCACGGUAUGGAGGCAGGGUCUGUGUUGGACAGAGCAGGGAGGAAAGAUUCUGUAAUGAGAACAGUCCGUGUCCAUUACCAAUUUUUUGGUCUUCAUGGGGUCCUUGGAAUAAAUGUAGUGUGAAUUGUGGUGGAGGGAUUCAUUCAAGGCAGAGAUCCUGUGAAAAUGGAAAUACAUGUCCAGGCUGUGCUGUGGAAUAUAAGACCUGCAACCCAGAGAGCUGCCCAGAGGUACGCAGGAACACACCCUGGACCCCUUGGAUGCCUGUCAACAUCACCCAGAAUGGUGCCCGCCAGGAGCAGCGCUUCCGCUACACAUGUCGUGCCCAGUUGUCUGAUCCCCAUGAACUGCAGUUUGGGAGGAAGAAGACCGAGAGUCGAUUCUGCCCCAAUGAUGGCUCAGCAGUGUGUGAUACUGACUCUCUUGUGGAUGACCUCCUCAAGACCGGUAAGACCUCUGCACGGAUCAUCAAUGGGGGCUGGUCCUUCUGGGGAGCCUGGUCUUCCUGUUCCAGGGACUGUGAGUUGGGCUUUAGGAUCAGGAAGAGAACAUGCACAAACCCUGAACCUAAAAAUGGUGGCUUGCCCUGUGUGGGGUCGGCGAUGGAGUACCAAGACUGCAAUCCACAUCCCUGCCCAGUGAAAGGUUCAUGGUCUUGCUGGACACCUUGGUCUCACUGCUCAGCAACCUGUGGAGGAGGACACUAUCAGCGCACCCGGACUUGCACCAAUCCAGCUCCAUCUAGCGGAGAGGAUAUCUGCAUUGGUCUGCACACUGAGGAGGCCCUUUGCAACACACACCCAUGUGAAGGUAGUGGCUGGUCAGAGUGGUCGGAGUGGAGCCUGUGUAAUGAAGAGGGCAUCCAAUACCGCAGCCGUUAUUGCAAGGUACACAGCCCAGACUCUUCUCAGUGCGUUGGAAACAGCACACAGUACCAAGAUUGCCUAUAUAAUGAAAUUCCUGUGAUUCUGCCAGCCUCCAGCAUCGAUGAGAGCACGAACUGUGGAGGUUUUAGUCUCAUCCAUCUGAUUGCCACUGGGGUCUCCUGCUUCUUCGGCUCCAGCCUCUUAACAUUUGUGAUUUACGUGUACUGCCAGCGCUGUCAGAGGCAGUCCCAGGAGUCAACUGUUAUCCACCCAACCACUCCCAACCAUCUCCAUUACAAGGGCAACACAACUCCCAAGAAUGAGAAGUACACCCCUAUGGAGUUCAAGACACUUAACAAGAACAAUUUGAUACCAGAUGACAGGACCAACUUCUACCCGUUGCAGCAAACCAACGUGUACACGACAACCUAUUAUCCCAGUACACUGAACAAAUAUGACUACAGGCCUGAGGCCUCCCCUGGAAGGACCUUUACCAACAGCUGAUGAUGGACAGAUCCUACAGGACUGGAUCACUUCCUAUAUGAAUUUUUUUUUUAAUUGAUUUUAUGGACCAAAUACUGGCCCAGACUCUAGAUGUAAAUAUUGUACAGUAGGGUCUUUUUUUCCCCCCCUUUGAUUAAUUCUAUUUCUUGUAAACAGCACAUCUCCUUACAAGGACAAAAAUGCAUAUGGACCAUUCUGCAGAGCUUUUGUGGAUAUUUGGCUGGAGAUGGCUCUUACUACUGCAACUGUUUAUGACUGGAAGAUCAGUGUUGCUAUCCAAGGCUGAUGUUGUCAAGGAGGUGGCUUUGUGCUGGGCUCGGUGGCCACCACGCAGCAGCACACGACAAAUGAGUGAGCUCUAAGCAAGGCAGGAGGUGACCUCCUGGGGCAGGAGUGUCUGUCCGGUGAGGAACAUCCUUCCUGAGACAGGGUAGCAGUGGUCCACUGGAUGACACACGGCUCACAAGACAGGCUGAACAGGACCCCACCGUGCCAACAACUUGAAGAAUGUUUUCUUUUUCUUUUCCUCUUUUUAUUUUUUAUUUUCUUUUUUAUGUUUCUGCUAAAAACAAACAAAAACAAAAAGUGACUUUCUAGGGCAGUGUUCCCUGUAUCUUCAACAGAAUCUUUUCAUAUUACAGGAAAUACUCUCCGCAGCCUUCUUUGGUAAUAUGCAGUUCAGCUGAUGAGAAACAACACACAAACAAAGUGUGUUACCCAAAGAAGCUUUCCAGAAUGUUUCCAGUCUUAAUUAAAAGAAAAUUAUACAGGCAGUGAGACACUGAGAAAAGUAAAUGUUGGAAUAACAUCGGAGACAUGGACUUAGAGUGCCUAACAAACAAAGAUGUUUAUAUCACUGGAAAAAAAAAAAAGAUGUGAUGAUUGCCGCACAAGAGCCACGGGCUUUUUUCUUUCUUUCUUGUUCUUUUUUUUUGUUUUCUGAGAAGUGUUAACUCUUUUUGUUCCAGCUUUGAUCCUGGUUGCAUCUGCAGUAAAGGCAACUUUAGAGGCCACGCUCUUCUUGUGGAAAAUCACCAUGCUUUGGGCUAGUUUUUCCUUUUGUUUUAUUAUUGGGUUUUAGUUCAUUUAUUUUCAAAGAGUGAAUAAUUCUGACUUUGCAGGGGGAGGGUAUUUUUGUAAGGAAUGUUUCUAUAUUCUGACACAACCCAGAAAGUCUGCAUAUUCUUAUAGCGUCUUCCAGUCAGUACUCUAUGAAAUAGUAACACGGCUGAGUAAAGUGCAUUGUUUGCCAGUAUUUCUUUAAUUUUUCUGAACAGAAACUACCCAAAAAAACAAAUGCUGCUGCAGCUAUUGAAGUAAAUUGGGGCAGUAGCAUUAUUAAACAGUAUAUCCAGCCUUGAAAUGUAAUUUUGUGUAUGUGUGUGACUGUGUCUAUAAGAACUGUAUUAGUUUGAUGCAGAAGCCAUGUUGUCUACAACCAGAUGUUUGUCUGACAUAAUUGUUUGGCAAAAAGGAAACUUAUUGCUGGUGCUUAAUGUACAAUUACAUCUGAUGUGUUAGCAACGUGAACAAGUUCACUGCUGUUAUCAUUCAGUGUUUCUAAAUAUUUAUAAUGAACUCCUGAUGCUAAGGAUUUUAGAAUGUCGCAAUACUGAGCAUGAGAUAAAAGUACACCCCUAAACGCGCAUGAGGUCCAUGUGGUCCUGAGCUUGGCUUUGUUGUCUGCAUCUUACUCGAGCAAUUGCCAUGCCCGUGUUUGGCCAUUGGCUCGGCUGUGUUCCCAGCAGUCCUGUUUGUCUUCGCUUUAUUUCAGAUUUUGCUGUAAGCCGACACGGGUUGUUUCUCAGUGCUGUUCCUUUGCAGUUGCUUGGUUGGAAGUCCAGCUUGGGCUGUGUGCUCAGCUCUUUCACAUAGGUAGCCAGUAGGAGAUGAAGAAAGACCAUAUUCUUGUGACAAGUGUAUUGCUUUUCCUGCGAGGAAAAACCAACAUGGCUCUGUAAGCCCCUGUAAUGGUGGUUUGACCAGAAGACAAGAAUAAAGUAGCCUCCCAUUUUUAAAUUACUUUGUUCGACUUCAGUUAGCAGUGAUUGAAGGCUGUAGGGAUAUUUGUAAUAAAGUGGGGUCAUUAGCACUGCCAUGAGGACACCUUGGGCUCAAUGGUGCUCUUCAUUUUCAGCAGUUGUUUUUCUAAUUUAGAAGCUCAUCCUGCUUCCACUCUGGCCUCAGCGUGUGAAAUAGAGAGAACAGAGGAAGAGAGAGCGAGGUGCCCUUAAAGUGGGGUCAGGAGCUGAUGCAGUCCUCAAAGCUCUGUUUGAAGCAACCUGCUGCAACUCUGCAAGUAGGCACAGCCAGGGUGAGAGCAGCAGAAGUGAAGCAGAAUCACCAGGGAAGCAGGAAAGAGCUGAUAACAGGCACCAACACCUGCAAGGGAGGCUCUUCCCAGGCUCCAUAACCCCAUUUGAGCAGCAAUGCCUUUGUGCCUCGUGCUGUAAUGAGUUAACUCCAUCUCACUGAAUUUCUGCACCCCCCUUAGGAACCUUCAACAUCCUCACUUAACGUAGUUCUAACAAGUAUGUAGCCCAGGGGUUGAAAAUUAUUACACUAGACUAUCAGGAUGGGAUUUCCCAGCUUUAAUUUAUGUGAUUCAGAAGAAAAUAUUGGUUCCCAACACCAGUCUAUCCACUCUAAAAUUAAAGCCAUCUCCGAGCUUCGCCUUCGGAAUAUUCCCUGUAUCAACACAUUCUGCAAUUACCAUGUGUGUGGCAGGGUUGCAGCUGACGUUUGGAGGAUGUGAGCGAGUCAAACCUUGCAAUUAUUUGAAUUUUCUAUUUUUACUUUCUUUUUCUCCCCUCCCUUUAAUCAUUUUGCCAUUUUCAGCUUCACACAAUAACAUGUUGUAAACAGAUUUUUUCCCCAAAGUGCCACAUAGCAGCUGAAAUUAUUGAAAUGUUCAGCUCACCAAGAUAGGUCAUUACUGCCAUUGCACUCAGGAGGUGGAUAUUUUGUAGGCUCUUGGAGGGCAGAUGCUUCGAGGGUGGUGCACGCGGUUAUAGUUUCAUCAAGGCAUUCCUUCUUACCAGCCAUCCAAAUGGAUUCGGCCCUUUUUCAUAUAAUUGGCAAUCACAGCAAGGGUCUGUGGACUCCAUUUGAGCAGAAAGUAGAAUCUAGGAGAGAGUGAAAGAAAGAAAUCAGAAUGCUUGUUACUCGAUUAACGUUUGCAAGAGAGUGCAGUUCUUUAAGGACAAUGUUAAUGUGGUGUAAGGGUUGCAUUUUUUAUGAGCUCUCUAAUGCGUGGCGGGUUAAUGACACCAUGUACAGUGAUAUUCUUGCAAUCCAGGUAAUUUGGCAGCUUGAUCAUAAGGUCUGUAAUGUCUGUAGCAGCUUGAAUUGUUCCUGCAGCUGGAUGUUAAAUUUGCUAGAAUUUCUUGUUCCUAAGGCUAUCUUACGGUACACUGGAAAUGCAUUUAGUUCAGGAGCACUGCUUUCCAAAAGAUUAAUCUUGCUGUAUAUAUUUUUUUCUUUUCAUUUCUAAGACAGAGAAGGUGAACCCUGGGUAAUUCGUGUGUUGGUCUAGAGACACCGUUUCUCUGCACACCCUUUGUAUAGGUUUCAGGCAUACAGUAUGUAAAAUAUGAUGGAAAUCUUACAGCCAAGUAUGUCAUAGAAGCAUCUUUAGUUCAACCAUUCAUCUUUCUUUUUCCAUGGAAGUGGCUGCCUUUCUCCCUCCAGAAGGAGUAUGUGUUAUUGCACUGUCCAGGCUGUGUUGUGCUGUUGCUGUCAGGCUUUACUCGAUCAGCUAUAACCCACCAGAAAUAACUUGUGCAGCUUGCCAAUAGACAAACCACUUGAUGAGCAAACCACAGCAAAAGAGGUGCUGUUGCUCUAAAGAUGUCCAAGAAUGUUCAGCAUAUGAGCCAGGGCUGGUCUUAAAUACGUGAACUGUACAGAUACUGUAGGAGAAGAAUUUGUAUCGUCUUACCACUACCGUUCCUGAUGCCUUAUAUUCAGAAAAUUAGAGGAUUGGUUUGAAGUCCACAGAGAGUAGGAAUGGAGUCCAUGUCUGAUGCAGACAAUUUGAUGCCUCCAGCGUUAAAUGUUAAGCCCACCUGGAGAGAAAACAAAAGGUGUCCACCGAGAUUGAAUUAUUCUUUGUACCAAAUGUAGGGUGGGGAGAGUUAUAUAUAUAUAUUAAAAUAUAUAUAAAAAUGUAAAUGUAAGGUUUGUGUAACAACUUACUCUUUUUUUGUAAUAGUGUAUACAUCUAUCAGUGGAUAGAUACAGUAUAUAUUUAUAAUAUAUACACACACAAUAUAUAUAUUUAGCAAAAUGCCUGCAGAGGAAACUUAGAAUAAGAAAGGCAGUGCUGGUGUUCAAAUUCCACAGGGACAAAGUGAAGGAAAAAAAAAAGCCUGUAAAAAUCUAGUAUCCUUUCCAUUAAGUUUAAAAAAACACUUUUGAAGUAAAUGAAAUAUAAUUUUUUAAUUGAAAAGAAAAUUGAUUUUUCUAGUUAGAAAUGCUGAUUCUCCCCUCAGUCAUUCUGGUUAAGAAUGAUUAAGAAAAAGAUUCUUGUUACUGCUUAUAUUUUCUGAAUAAGCCUCCCAAAUCUCUCAUGUGUAUCACUCUUAUUGUUUUUGUAAUUAUAAGUAGGGAGUAAUUGUGCAAAGAAAAUUAAAAUAGCAAGUGGGAGUAACAAAUAUUGUGCCAUUAGAGGAAAAGACGUCAUCUAUUAGAACGUGAAAAAUGUCAUCUUCCAUGUUAAAGAAGUUAGCAACUGCUUUCAGAGUUAUUGAUUGGCAUUAUGAGCCUUGACUUAUAGCCACGCCAGGAGGCUUUAGUACAAUGUUCAGGGAAGAGAAACCGUGUAAACCCAUGGCUUUUGUUUUUCAGAGGGGUCCAGAGAAGUCCCCAGGCCAUGGGAGAAAGGCAGCUGGUGUCCUGGGUGUCUCUGGAGCUUCCAGCAUUAGCAGUCAGGGCUCUGCAUCCAUUCCUCGCCCUGUCACUCCCUCAAGCCAGCCUGCAUGCACGGCACGGCACCCCUUGGAGCUGUUUGGUGUAACGAACACCCAGUACAUUGGGUUGGAAGGAUUAUUUAUUUCCAAUAGAUGGCUUUAAAGCCCUGGUAACCAAGGCCCAGACUUGUACAGGUGAGUCUUCCCAAUAGCUUGUGAGAAGAAAGCUUCAGGCAGCUUCGGAGCAGAUUUGAGGCAGAGGAGCAAAUCCACAAAUUUUGAUGCCGCCUGAUUGCCAGAGUAUUCAAAACUGGACAGAAGCCUCUCUGGAUCUGGGUCUUUGUGGAGCUUAUCCAGUCUCAGGUCCCCAUAAAUUCCUCCUUUGCACCCUUUGGGGAAUUUUAGUGUGUGUAUUCAUCUGGGCUGGAGAAGCAAAACCAGCAGCCCCGUGUUUAGAUAGCCACGGAUGUAAGUGCUCAAGAGCGUUCAACACAAGUUUGGGUCUUGAACUUGAUUUUUCUCCUGUUCUGCCUCCAGCCUCAGCUGCAAAUUCACCCCUGCUAUCCGAGAGCGUUCAGAGCUGUAAGGGCAGCAUUUGGCUUGCUGCAAGUCCCAGCCGCAAUUUGAUUUUAAACAAAUGUGACCAUGAAAAGUAUUAACACUGCGCUCUAGUUCUGAAACCUCCAUGAGUGGGGUGCUGUUAAGUCGCGUGCCACGGAGUCAAACAGAGGUCAGUGCAGAUGGGCCAUUAAUAACUCGAGUAAAAAUGGUUUUAGUAUGAAAAUGUCAAACAAUGUAAAAGCCAGCCAGCUGCAUGACGGUGCGGUUUCCAUCCACGCACCCCUCCUUAGAUAGCACCGCAACCUGCACAUAGAUAAAAGCGAUGCAGCUAAUUAGGUGUCUUCCCACAGAGGAAGAUUUAGGGAGAAUGAGUGGUAUGUGAGAUGGAAAUGAUAGGAUUUAACUUGUAAUUGAGGUGGGAGAGUGACAGAUGCAAUACUGCAUCUUGGGUACAUGGGAAAUGAUUAUGCGAAUGGAGAAUGCUUGCCCCAAAACAGCAAAACCUGGAGAGUAUUAUUGGACUCUGUUGUGAAGGCACAUCACCCUUCCUAUGCAAUCGAACUUGAUGGUACUUUAGUAUAAAGGUGACCUAGACUGUAAUCACUGCCUUUAGACACUGUGAAUUUUUUUUGGGUACUCUGUAUUUUUAUAUAUUGUACAAUGUAAAGAAUAAUUCAGAAAUAAAAAGAGACCAACCUGGCAAGCCUGUGAGUUAUUUCCCCUUGGUGGCUGAUGC